AUAGAUUGAGGAGGGUGAUGCCUAGUAUUAUUAAUGAAAGCCAAUCAGCAUUUGUAGGGAAUAGGCAGAUAACUGAUGGCAUUAUCAUAAUAAAUGAGGUGUUGCAUGAUAUGAAGAGGAGCAAUAAGGCGGGACUAAUUUUCAAAGCUGAUUUUGAAAAGGCAUAUGAUAAUGUGGAUUGGGGCUUCGUAGAGCUUAUGAUGGAUAAGCUGGGAUUUAAUGUGAAAUGGAGGAAUUGGAUGAAAGAAUGUGUAUCAACAGCAACAGUGUCUGUGCUUAUAAAUGGUAGCCCAACAGAAGAGCUCCAUGUUGGAAGAGGACUUAGGCAAGGCGACCCUCUGUCACCUUUUUUGUUUUUGAUGGUAGCAGAAGCUCUAAGUGGCCCAAUGAGAAAAGCUGAGGAGAUCGGAAUACUGAAAGGAAUUCAGGUUUGCAAAGGCGAGCUCCGUAUCUCACACUUACAGUUUGCGGAUGACACCAUUCUAACAUGUGAGGCAACUGAGGAGAGUGCAUGGGCAAUGAAAUGUGUAAUGCGAUGUUUUGAGCUGAUUUCUGGCCUUAAGGUGAAUUUCGAUAAGAGCUGGCUGUGCGGAAUGAAUGUUGACGGUGAUUUGCUCGGUGCAUUGGCAUCAAUUAUGAACUGCUCGGUGGGAAGCAUCCCAUUUAAAUACCUAGGGGUCCCAAUAGGAGCAAACCCAAACAGAAUUUCGACAUGGCGACCGGUGAUUGAUUGCAUGAGAAGAAGACUGGACAGUUGGGGGGGAGGAGCAUUAUCUUUCGGAGGUAGAAUUGUUCUUCUCAAUGCGGUAUUAUCCUGCUUACCCGUGUACCUCUUUGCUAUAUACAAAGCCCCAAAAAAGGUAAUCUACAUACUCACUAAACUUCAAUGCAAUUUCUUAUGGGGAGGGGGGGAGGGUAAGAGAGGAAUAGCAUGGAUAAAAUGGGAGGAGGUAUGUGGGAAAAAAUCAGAGGGAGGGUUAGGAGUUAGGAAUCUUGAGAGUUUUAAUAAAGCUUUGCUAGGAAAGUGGAAGUGGAGGAUUUUGAGGGAGAGAAAUUCAUUGUGGAGGAGGGUGAUAUCUGAGAAAUAUGGGUCGGCAAAGGAAAGAGGCUGGGAUGGGUGUGUGCAGAACGAAAAGGGAUCAGCAUGGUGGAGAGGGGUGUGGAAAUUAGAUAGAAUAGAUAGUUCGAACAAUGGAUGGUUAAAGGACGGGUGUGUGAGAAAGGUAGGGGAUGGCAAGGAGACACUAUUUUGGGAAGACGUGUGGAUAGAAGGAGUAAGCCUAAAAGAGAGAUUCCCAAGAUUAUUCUCUUUAGCUACAAACAAAAGGGGUUCUAUAGCUGAAGUAAAAGGUGACAGUGAAAGGGUAGGAGAAUGGCAGUGGAGUUGGCGUAGAAAUCUGUUUGUAUGGGAACAUAAUUUACUGCAGGAAGUAACAGGAAUGUUGAGCCAGGUUCAGCUGAAACAAGGGCAAACGGACCACUGGACAUGGAGAUGGGAAAGCACUGGGUAUUAUACAACAAGGUCAGCCUACCAUCAGAUCACCCAAUCCCAACGCACUCAAGACAAUGGCUGUUUGAAACAAAUCUGGAAAAGUAAAGUACCACUUAAGGUUGCAGCAAUAGCGUGGAGAGCUUUCGUUGAUAGAUUACCAACAAAAAUCAAUUUGGCAAGAAGAGGAGUAAUCAACGACAGGGCAGAAAUUAUGUGCAGCUGGUGCUCAACAGAGGAGGAAUCCCUGAACCACUUAUUAUUUAACUGUAUCUAUUCAUGGAAAAUAUGGGCACACUGUUACGCUUGGUGGGAUUUUUCCUCAGCAGCUCAAGUGAAUGUCAAAAGCCACUACGAGCAACACAUGGGACUUAAUCAAAAAAAGGAGUUGAGGGAAGCAUGGAGGGUUAUAUGGCUGACAACAAUCUGGACGUUAUGGGUAUGGAGAAAUCAGAAGGUUUUUGGGAAAGACCAAGAUAGUGAGGAGGAGGUUGGCGAGCUCAUAAAGCAUAGAUCUUUUCACUGGUUAAAAGCCAAUUUAUAUCCAAAUUUAAACCAGGAAUUAUGGAAAGAUGACCCCAGAUCAGCAAUAAAUAGACAUGCUGAACAUGAGACACUAAAAGGGAAGACGUGAUCUUUCCAUAAAUCCUGUUGUAUGUAUAGGAGAGGCAGCACUUUGAUGUUUGCUGAAAUGUAAAUGGGUUUGGGUACCCCUUGUAUCCAAUAAAUAAAUUUUUGGCUU